AUGGCGCUGGCAGGUGCACCCGAAGUGAUCCGAGCAGCGCAGAAGGACGAUUACUACCUGGGAGGCCUGCGGAGCGCGGCGGGGGGCGCCCUGCACAGCCUAGCGGGUGCAAAGAAAUGGCUGGAAUGGAGGAAAGAGAUUGAGCUACUCUCGGACAUAGCCUACUUUGGCCUCACCACAGUUGCAGGCUACCAGACGCUUGGAGAGGAGUAUGUUGGGAUCAUUCAGGUGGACCCCUCCCAGCAGCGUGUGCCCUCCAGGCUCCGCCGUGGAGUGCUGGUCGCAGUGCAUGCUGUCUUGCCCUACCUGCUGGACAAGGCUCUGCUGCCUCUGGAGCAGGAGCUGCAAGCCGAUGGUGAUAGUACGCGUCUGCCGUCUGGAGGACGCAGCCGAUCAGGGGCAAGGCGCUGGGUGCGUCAGCAUGCAGCCAGCCUGACUGAGCAGCAGAGGAGAACACUCCAGCGGGCAGUCUUUAUCCUCAGACAGGGCCUUGCCUGCCUCCACCGGUUCCAUGUUGCUUGGUUUUACAUCCAUGGUGCCUUCUACCACCUGGCCAAGAGGCUAGCAGGGAUCCGUUAUCUCCGUGCUCGCCGCCUGGCUGGAGAGGACCUGAGGGCUCGCACAAGCUACCGACUGCUGGGCCUCAUCUCCCUGUUGCAUCUGGCACUGUCCAUGGGGCUGCAGGUGUACAGCUUCAGGCAGAAGCAGAGAGCCAGGAAGGAGUGGAGGCUGCACCGCAACCUGUCCCACCGCAGGAGUUCCCUGGAAGACAGGGCUGUUUGCAGAACCCCACUAUGCACCCUAUGCUUGGAAGAGCGAAGACACUCCACAGCGACACCUUGUGGCCAUCUCUUCUGUUGGGAGUGCAUCACUGAAUGGUGCAACACUAAGACAGAGUGUCCCUUGUGCAGGGAAAAGUUCCCACCGCAGAAGCUGGUCUACCUGAGGCACUACCGCUGACCGGGACCAGAUCGUCACCAAACAGCUCUGAGAAGUGGAUGCAAGUUGACAGCUUAUCCUCAGAACUGUGUCUGCACAGAAAUAUAAAGUCCUCAUGCACUGUUCUUUGUCAUUUAAGCUACAUAGCUACCUGGGAAGAGAAAGGGUUGGGGGCAAACAGGCAAUACUCCAUAGGGGGUAGGAGAGUUUGUUGCCCCUUACUUAUUAUGGCUUCUUCUGACCCUCUGGAGUAGUGGGUUCCCCCUCCCUCCCUAGGUCACACAGCUGAGAGCUGCUUCGGAAGCUCAGGGUAUUUUAUUCAGGUCUGUGUGAGAGGCAGGGCUGAGGGUGAGGCUGGGGUGAAGCCCUGCACUGUGGGCUCCACACCCACCGAGGUCAGCACCCUCCUAACACUCCUGCCCCGUGCUUAUUAAUACUGUUGCCAACUCCUUAGGAAAACAGAGGUCUUCCUCGUAGCCUUCUGGGUAGGAAUGGGGGCUCCCUGGGUUGCAGAUUUUUUUUAAUUAUAUGAAGGUGCACACAUGUCAUGGUACAUGUAUGGAGAUCAGAGAACAACUUGCAGGAGCUGAUUUUUUUUUUUU